GCGAGGAACAGGAAAAGGAAGUUAUCGUUUAUAAGAUGGCGUCUCCGAAAACAUUGCCUAAAGAUGCUCAGGUCAUGGUUCAGAUCCUGAAAGAUAUGGGCAUCAAUGAGUAUGAGCCCAGAGUGAUCAAUCAGAUGCUGGAGUUCACCUACAGAUAUGUAACAACCAUUAUUGAGGAUGCCAAAAUCUACGCCACCCAUGCAAAGAAGUCCAGUGUGGAUGCUGAUGACAUAAGGUUGGCCAUCCAGUGCAGGAUGGAUCAGUCCUUCACCUCUCCACCCCCUCGAGAUUUUCUGCUGGAGGUUGCUAGACAGAAAAAUCAGACGCCGCUUCCGCUGAUCAAGCCCUACACAGGACCACGUCUUCCUCCCGAUCGCUACUGUUUAACUGCACCCAACUAUAGACUGAAGUCUCUGCAGAAGAAGGUGACUACGUCUGCAGGAAGAAUAACGGUGCCAAGGCUCAGUGUGGGAGCUGUGUCCAGCCGGCCCACUACCCCAACUCUUGGCACCCCAUCAGUGCAGUCUGUUACCACCAAGGUGAGCACCCCUGUGUCGCUGACAGGUCAGCGCUUCACUGUUCAGAUCCCAUCCUCACAGGCAGCCUCAGCAAAGUCAGCAACACCAUCUACUCCAACAGUUCAGAAUGUGCUGAUUAAUCAAUCUCUUAUUGGAUCCAAGAACAUUCUUAUUACAACCAACAUGGUGUCACAGAAUUCUGCCAGUGACUCUAGUUCACUGAAGAGAAAGCAUGAAGAGGAUGAUGAUUACGAUGCUUUAUGACCCUAAAAAGUUGACACUUUUCACUUGAAAUGGCAGAGUGAAUUGUAAAUAGUUUAUUCUGAGGUCUUCUUUGUGUAAAAUCAUUUGAUGUAACACAAGUGUUCAUUGUUUCUUUUAUAUUUAAAAUGCAACAUGAUACUUUUGGAAUUUGGUGCCAUCAGAAAUAAAGCUGUACAUGUUGCACA